AUGCAAUUCCAUAUUUCUUGCUUUGAUGUAUUGGGUAAUUGUCAUUCGGCUAAGAAGGUCACUUUAGCAAUUAAUUUACCUCUUUUUACUCGUGUAGCUUCCUCAUGUGCCAGUUCUCAUAACAGAGACUAUGUUCCUUCUGCACUCGAUUUUCUUAGGUUCAUCUUUUGCCAUGGGCCAAACAGGCUCCAGAUGCAUGACCAUGCAAGAUGGCUAGAUGUCUUAUAUCCGCCUAGUAUCAAUGCUGCACCAACGAUAGAGGCAAGUCCUCCGAAUGCUGCUCGGGAUUCUUUGCGAGCUCUUCUGCUUCUUACUCUUUUCGCCUUGACCUUCGCUUCAGCCAUGGCACGUAUGCACACAAUUAUUUUUAUUUGUUUUAGUUUUGAAAUCAGCUAUAAAAUUUUUCUCAAUUUUCAGUUAGCAACUGUCUUACGUGGUGAAUGGGCCAGAAAUCACAUAGCAAGCUUCAUAUCUUGCAUAGGAGGUGGUGUAUUUCUCGCAACCUGUUUGUUGGAUUUAUUGCCAGAAGCAUUGGAAUCGUACGAGAAGGCAGGAUUUGAGUCCAACUUUCCUGUAGCUGAAGCUGCUGUUGCUGGAGGGUUGUUAAUGGUUUUGGCAAUAGAGCAAGUAGUUCUGGAAAUGCAAGAUCGGGGGUACCUUGUCUCGGGCCAUCUCCAUUCGCACAACAACGAAGAUGACAGGCAGCUACUUGCUCAUUCCUCAUCCGUUACGCAUGAGGAAGACACCAACCCUACAUUAGGUGUCUGCCUUCUUGUCUUGGCGUUAUCUCUACAUGCUUUAUUCGAAGGACUUUCUUUAGCAGUUAUAACGGAUGCUACAAAGUUGUUAGAGGUUGCCAUCAAGCUGAUUUCUCGUUUUUGGCUUUCACUCGAA